UAUGUAGCCUCUCUCCCUCUCGCGCGCGCGCUCACACACACACAUACACUGCGUGUUUGGUUUUCAAGAAAUUGCAUAAUCUUUUCUUUUUCCCUUUUCUCUUCUUGUUAUUUGUGGGCAAGAUAUGUUAAAAUAGUCAGAGGCUUCUAAGGGGGGGAAAGAGAGGCUUGAAGUAAGGAUUGGUCGAAAUGGUUAAAAAAAAUAGGAAAAUUGUAUCACAGAAAUUUAAUGAUUUUGAUGCAAUAUCCUGCAAUGAAUUGCGUAAAUUGAUGCGUAAAGACGUCGCGGACGAGACCUACAUGGGCGCUCUGGUGAAAAUAAUUUCCGAGAAGAGUAGGGCGAAGCCAAAUGAAGAGUUGAGAUUAAACGAUGAUGUUGAUGAGGAUGAAGACGAUCCUGAUUAUAUGCUUAUUUUAGGAAAACUGAAGAAGCAUGGCAACGCUUAUAGAGCUGAAUACGUGGAAGAAGAUGGUCCGAGGGCUAUCAUCAAAUAUGAAGAAGCUUCAAGUUCAGACACAGAGUGUGAUCAAGAACAAAUAGAUGGACCUUUGAAUCCGAUGCCUCUUGCAGAGGUUCAAGGCAUUCUUGAUUCACACCUUGCUUCGAGUAGGGAGGAGAUCAAGAAGCUGACUAAAAGGAAAAAAAGGAGCAAGUCCAAUAAUGAGAGGGAAGAGAAUGCAACGUUGUUGUCACACUCUACCUAUUCCCGUGCCCCUCACACUCCCGCUGCCAAAGGAGAUUUGGAUUUGGAUAAAAACUCUGGUCAACAACAAUAUAGAAGGAAGUUAAGGAGUUAUAAUACGAAACGAGUUGAUGAACCUAUCAAUAGGGUGAAGGAGAUGGAAAAGGUGACUAGGACAGAUCCGCUGAGUAAGUCCAAGAUUGGCAAGGAAGAGAAUGUUGUGGUGAUGGAGCCUGUUUCCCAUACCUAUUCACGAACACGCAAAAAGAACAAGUUCAAGAGUGAGUAUGGUGAUGAGAAAAUCCAACUCGACCCUGAAUGUUACACGCGAAAUCGUAAAGGGAAUAAGUUCAAGACUGAGUGUAAUGAAGAGAAAAUUCAACUCGACCGUGAUUAUCAUUUAUGGAAUAAAAAACUCAAGCUUGUCAACGAUCAUCUUAUUUACACUACCGGGGAUAUUGAAGUAGUGUAUGAACUGAAGAGUGGAGAGCGUGAUCGGAUGAAAGAGGAUGAUGACGACAACGAAUCCUCUGAUGUGGAAAUCAUAGACAUCGAUACAUUCCGCAAGAUGAUUAAUAGGGGUACAACGGGGCAGUCUGCGUUUAGGGACAAGGUUAUUGCUGCUCUUAGAAAACCUUUUGAUUUCGAUGAGUAUGAUCAGCGAUUGCUAGAUAUCGAAAAACCAUCGCUGAAAGAACGCCAUUUAGAUCUGCGUAAUGGGAGAGAAAGAUCUGUUGGAAAGCCGGAACCUGGAAAGUGUUAUCUUGAUUACCAUCCAGCUCUCAAUAAAAAGCUCUUACAAGCGGAAGGCGACCUGCCAAAAAAAUUAAACCUUCUACGAGGAUUCUUCUUAUGGAUUGAGGUAUACCAAAAAAAUUCUGAGUCUGAACUGCUCAAGAAAUUGCUAUGCAUCAAGAAACAGUGCAAAUUUCGAUAUCAGUUCAUUCGAAGCCAAUCCCUUGAGAGGCAGCCAGAGGAAUUCAGCCCUUGGCUCGACAAAGAAUGCCUCGCCGUGCGCCCAGGGUCCGGCUAAGGUGACAUGUGAAUCAAGAUUAUGUAAAGAUCUCAUCUUUUUUGGCAUGUUUGGAUCAUGUAGGCUAUACUCAAUAUUUUGGUUGUUUAAGGAAAUGCCACUUUCUAAAUGAAGACUACGAUAUCAUUAUCAAUGUUUAAAUGUCAUCGCA